UUUUUUUUUUUAAUGCUAUGCUUAUGUUUACUGUUAAACAAUGAAGUUUUGAAAAUCUCAGUGGCUAUCGACUCUUCACCCAGGCUUAUUCACGUUCGAUGGAAACCGACUUCGGAAUCUUCACCGACUGAUAUUCGCCUGGGGUUUCUCUCUCACCACUCUCUCUCUCUCUCUCUCUCUCUCUCUCUCACAGAUUUUGUCUAAUCUGCUUGUCAUUUGAUGGCUUUUGUGGUUUUUGUGAUCUGAUGGUCUUUUUGGUUUUUGUCUGAUCUGGCUUGCGUCCAAAUUUCGAAUGUCCACUUUGAUCUGUUGUCUCUCUCACCACGCUCUCUCUCUCUCUCUCUCUCUCUCUCUCUCUCACGGGCAGUUCUGCGGAUUGAACUACGGACUGGUUCGUCAAAGCCACUCUGCAAAGUUGGAGAUUGAGGGAAUGGAUUCUGACAAUGAACAAGGUUACAAACCUCCUCCAGAUUUUCAUGUGGAGGCCAAGGAACCACUUAUCGACCCUAGUUUGACAGACUCCAAAGAACUUUGGCUCAUUCAGUGGCCCAAUAGUAAAGAACUUCCUGGAUUGGACGGGCAAGAGCUGUCACUCAAGCUUCAUCAUGAUGGAAAGUUGGGCAGUUUUGAGGAUUCAUCUGGAAAAGUUUUUGAUCUUGUCAGCUUUGCGGCUCAAGAGUCAAAUGCAACAGUUUUUCUUUCCUCUGAAUCAGAGUCAAAAAUUGUUGGGAAGAUUUCACGGCUGGUUUCCCUUGUCCAUUAUCCAGAUCCUAAUGAAAGUCGAAAACCCAUUUCCAACAACUUGAGACAUUUUCAGAAAUCUAGUGGAAUUUCACUGACAAAUUCAUCCCGUCAAUUUUCCACACAAAGUAUCCUGCUUAAAAACUCACAAUCGACAAGUGGAUAUUCGGGUUCCACACACAAUAGCAGGCGGAGAAGUUGCUUAUCUGAAGAAGGGGAGCCAUCAAGCCUCUUAAAAAAAGACGUGUGCGUGAAUCUACUGGGUCUGCAGAGUGUUCUGCUCGAGACACAGAGCGAGGUCAUAGUGCAGUUUCUUCAUAAGAGUCCUGUGACUGAAUGGGAGUUCCGGAAUCAUUGAGAAAGUGAGGAAUCGAGACACGUACCAUAGCUUUCUCUAGGGUUUGAUCAUGCUUCAAGAUGCGACCUUUGUAAAUUAUUCUCUGCUGAUCAGUUGGGACAUCACUAUUCCGAGCCAGUACUGUCUUGAAUGCGCAAACCGACAACUUGAGGCUGGUCUUCACAGUAAAUUUCGAGCUGUUGGACCACCGGAUAUCAUUCACCACCACUUCUUCUUCAACACCACCAGGACUGACCCUCAACUCGCUCGAACCACCCUUAGUGCCCAUUGAAAGUGAAAGCAGAAUGCGAGAGAAAGUAAAGAAAAUACGCGGGGAGGAAAAGAAAGUGAGUGGGAAAGGAAAAGAGGUGGUUCUAGGAUUAAAUUGGAAUCAAAAUUAUAUUUAGUGGGUGAAUAGUAGCACACCAAAUAUGAGAGCAUUGGCAAUGGCUAGAAGUCUAUAAUGGCUUAGCUAUUGCCAAGUCUAAAUUAUGACUAGAAUUUGAGAUUUUAGCUAUAGUCAAAACUUUUGAAGAGGGUGAUCUACAUAGGAUUAGUCAUCAUAAAGUUAAAAUAAUAAUAUAAUAUUAUAUAUUUUAAUAUUUUUUUUAUUAUUUUUGUAAAAUCUCUAUACAGUAAUUAUGCAUCUAGUAGUCAGGUUUUAUGCCUCAUCCUUGUAGUCACACAAGAUUUAGAACAAAUAAAACCUGUAGAAUAUAUAUGUUUAGUGUGUA